CAGCUGCAGCAUCACUGGACAGAAGAAGUGGAGGUGGGGGGUGCCCAAAACACUGGUUUCACUUAUUUAAGAGGCAUGAGAGGAUAAUUACAGCCCAACCCUGAACAUUGCAUUUCUCUUUAUAUUUUCUGUUAAAUCAGGAUAUUGCUGAAUUGGAGUAGUAAGGGAAUCCCCUGCGACUUGGUGUCUUGACGAGCAGGUUUAGAGAGGGUCUAUAGGGAUUGUAAACCCACCAUGCUUCUUCAAACUUGAGGAAGGUGCUGGGACCUGAGACAGACUCUUGGAAAGGUGGAGGAAAAGGAGAUCUUUUUUUUGCAGAGAUGUCAGAGCCAGCAUUGGACUUUUCCAAAGUGGAAAGUUUUCUGGACAAACACCCAGAUCUUUUUGAGGACUACCUGAUCAGGAAAGGAAAAUAUUGCAUGGUGGAGAAGUGGCUGAAGAGGAACCAGCUGUCCAAAACGCCUUCCAACUCGAGCAGUGAUGACAAGAGUAAGGAUUGCUGGGGUGGUCGUGGGGAUGGGCUGCAGAGGAGGGCAUCACAGAAGGAACUGAGGAAAAGUUUUGCUAGGUCCAAAGCUAUCAAUGUCAACAGGACCUAUGAUGAGCAUGUGAACUCCAGAGCUCAGGAACCCCUCACUAGCAUGAGGAGGAGAGCUUUACUGAGGAAGGCAAGUUCUCUCCCACCCACUACUGCCCACAUACUCAGUGCCCUGUUGGAGUCUAGGGUGAGCAUCCCCCAAUAUCCAUCCACUGCUAUAGACUACAAGUACUACCUGAAGGAGAACAAUGAGAGGGCAUUUUUCUUGGAACUGGUCAAAGAUAUCUCUAAUGAACUCAACCUCACCAGCCUGUGCUACAAGAUCCUCAUCUUUGUGUGCAUCAUGGUGGAUGCAGACCGCUGUUCCUUGUUCUUGGUGGAAGGAUCAGCAAAUAAGAAGAGUUUGGUGUCAAAGUUCUUUGAUGUCCAUGCUGGUACCACACUGCUCCCUUCCUGCAGGAUGGAUAACUCUAAUGAGGUCCAGGUUCCUUGGGGAAAGGGCAUAAUCGGUUAUGUUGCCGAGCAUGGAGAGACAGUAAACAUCUCUGAUGCCUACCAGGACAGGCGAUUCAGUGAUGAAAUUGACAAGCUGACGGGGUACAAGACAAAGUCGUUACUCUGUAUGCCCAUAAGGAAUAGUGAUGGGGAGAUUAUUGGCGUCGCUCAAGCUAUAAACAAAACACCAGGAGGAGUCCCUUUUGUGGCGGACGAUGAAAAAGUUAUGCAAAUGUAUCUCCCAUUCUGUGGUAUUGCGAUAUCUAAUGCUCAGCUUUUCUCUGCAUCCAGGAAGGAAUAUGACAGGAGCCGGGCCUUGCUGGAGGUGGUAAACGACCUGUUUGAGGAGCAAACUGACCUGGAGAAAGUUGUCAAGAAAAUUAUGCAUCGGGCCCAGACGCUCCUGAAGUGCGAACGCUGCUCCGUGCUUCUUCUGGAGGACAUUGAGUCACCAGUGGUGAAAUUUACAAAAUCGUUUGAGCUUCUGUCCCCAAAAUGCAGUGCGGAUGCAGAGAGCAGUCUCAAGGACAGUUUGGAAAAAUCCUCUUAUUCUGAUUGGUUAAUAAACAACAGCAUAGCAGAACUGGUUGCAUCAACAGGACUUCCGGUGAACAUCAGCGACGCAUAUCAAGACCCUCGCUUUGAUGCUGAAGCUGACCAAUUUUCGGGGUUUCACAUCCGAUCGGUAUUGUGUGUUCCUAUAUGGAAUAGUAGCCAUCAAAUAAUAGGUGUAGCGCAGGUGUUGAACAGAUUAGAUGGAAAGCCGUUUGAUGACGCAGAUCAAAGACUGUUUGAGGCGUUUGUAAUUUUUUGUGGCCUUGGCAUUAAUAACACAAUAAUGUACGAUCAAGUGAAGAAGUCAUGGGCAAAGCAAUCAGUGGCUCUUGAUGUUCUUUCUUACCAUGCAACGUGUACGAAGGCGGAAGUCGAUAAAUUUAAGGCAGCCAACAUCCCUUUGGUGACAGAGCUUUUCAUUGAUGCUAUGCAUUUUGACGAUUUCUCCCUUGAUGUCGAUGCCAUGAUUACAGCGGCCUUGCGGAUGUUUAUGGAAUUGGGCAUGGUUCAGAAAUUUAAAAUUGACUACGAGACUUUGUGCAGAUGGCUUUUGACAGUAAGAAAGAAUUAUCGGAUGGUCCUGUACCAUAAUUGGCGGCAUGCGUUUAAUGUUUGCCAGCUGAUGUUUGCCAUGUUAACUACAGCAGGCUUUCAGGAAAUUCUCACCGAAACUGAAAUUUUGGCUUUGAUUGUGGGAUGUCUUUGUCAUGACCUUGAUCACAGAGGAACCAACAACGCCUUCCAGGCCAAGAGUGGCUCAGCUUUGUCUCAACUCUACGGAACAUCUGCCACAUUGGAACAUCAUCACUUUAAUCAUGCUGUUAUGAUCCUACAGAGUGAGGGGCACAACAUUUUCGCCAACUUGUCCUCUCAGCAAUACAGUGACCUCAUGCAGCUGUUGAAGCAGUCGAUACUGGCGACAGACAUCACGCUUCAUUUCGAGAGAAGAAAUGAGUUUUUUGAACUGGUCAGUAAAGGAGAAUACAAUUGGAAUGUUAAGGACCACAGAAUUAUAUUCCGAUCAAUGCUAAUGACAGCGUGUGACCUUGGAGCUGUGACCAAACCAUGGGAGAUUUCAAGACAGGUGGCUGAAUUAGUGACCAACGAGUUCUUUGAGCAAGGAGAUCGUGAACGAUCUGAACUCAAGCUGACUCCUUCAGCUAUUUUUGAUCGUAAUAGGAAAGAUGAGCUUCCAAGAUUACAACUAGAAUGGAUAGACAAUAUUUGUAUGCCUCUGUACCAGUGUUUGGUGAAGGUCAAUGUCAAACUUAAACCCAUGUUGGACUCAGUGGUUGCAAACAGAAUAAAAUGGGGAGAAAUGCAUCAAAAAAUACUUGGAUCCUCCCAAGGAAGUGCUUCCCCAAGUUCCACCUUCACAUCUCCACCCACUUCCUUCCCUACACCGGCUUCUUCCCCUCAACCAGCUUUAGAGUGUCUCUUGAAGACUUAAAGCUGGAACACCAUUUUUUGCCUUGUGCAAGAGUUACCUUAAAAGGCUGUCAUAGGCUUAGCUGUUCUAUUAAGUUACUGCGGCCAUGCUUUUAUAGAAGGAGAAUGUAUCUCUUGGUCAUAGUUUGGCUUUUGCCUGAAAGCUCAGUGGAUUGAAGAUGAAGACAAGAAGAGGUGGGGUGACAAUUAACACAUGGUGAGGAGUCUGAUUCGGGUUUUGUUGUCCGAAAAGACCAACAGCAUUCACUCAAGCUUUGGAAACUGUUCACUAAUGCUGUGCCAAAUAUAAGUGAAUAUUGUCUUGAUGGUGAUGGACAAUGGACUCAGCUUAAUUCAUAGAGCACAGCACAGUUACUAAAAUGCACAAUAUAAUCAAUUCAUAUAAAUAUGCUGAAAAGAAAACAAUAUUUUAAUUUAGUGUUUGCUUUUCCCAUGUACUUACGUAUACACAAAUGUUGUGCCUGCCUCGUUUGGUGUUUAUUUUUAUGAUAUGCUUGUAUUUGUUUAAUUCCAUUCUUCUGGUGAAUUAACUUUGCAUAACUUUGCAUCUCUGCUUUCAAUAUUAAGUGAAUGGAUAGACUGCGAAAGCAGGUAUUUUCCGAAUUUCCCAAAGACAAAACAAACUAUGCAGAGAAGAUUAUAUAAUGUAUAAUUAAAACAAAAAAAAAGUAAUUUUUUAACACUUUAUUUUUCCAGCUUCAUGUUUGAAGCUCUCUAACUUGGAAUUUUCAGACGGGUAAAUUCCCUUCAGAUAUAAUAGAAAUAUAUAGAAACUUGGUGUUGCCCGCUUUUAAUUACAUAGGAAUUAAACGUCUUAUGUUUUCCAGAAUCACUACCAAAUGGAAACGACCGUGAUUGCGACUGUUUCAAAUAAAACAGGUCAGAGCACUGGGAGGUAACUUAUUACAUAGAAGAUGCCGUACUAGUUUAUUAUGCUAACUCACAGUGGCAGACACUGUAAUCCUCUAUGUAAGUACUAGUGAUGAUAAAAAUAUACUCAGCUGGAUAAAAAUAUCAAAAACAACACAAUCAGUUAUCAGGAGAAGAAAAAAGAAACAUUUAAAUGUAGCAGAAUUUUUGCCUUGUGAAAAAAAUACCAAGUGAAAUGCGAACCGCAUCAGGUAAACUGUUAAUGUAAUCUGUCUUUGUAUUUUUUAUGUUUUAUAUAUAAUAAAACUGAACAUUCUUCCACAUUUUAAUGUUUUUUUUUCUUCUGACGACUAAGGUUGGUGUUCUCUGUCUGAUGAUUAUGUAAGUUCUCUGAACCCCUACUUACAUAGAAGAUUGUGACUAUUACUUGUCUGAUAGGAAUAAAUAAUGUAAGGUCAGAUUAGUGCCAGACUACCUCCUUUUAUUUUCUAGUGAGUUUUUCUUGUACAAUCUGUUUUCCACGCAAACUCAGUCAUGUAGCCAAUUAAACAUCUCAUUGAUGUCUGACAAAUGUCCAAUAAAUCUUAAAUGUGAUAGGUUAAAAAAAGUUGUAUAUCCAGAUCUUGAUCUACAUUAAUAUGUGGGUCUAUCCUUAUAAGAAAAUAGAAAAUGUAGAAAAACGUUAGACACAGUCACCUAUUUUUAUGUCAACUAAGGGUGCUUAUACCCCGGGGCUUGCUUCAACAGGCCACCAGAUCUAAAAGAAAAAAAAAUAGUCCAACGAUAAUCUCACAACGACCUUUACUGGCAAAACAAUCAAUUUUAUUGCAAUCUGGAACCAAGUGAAAUUGUUUAAAAUGUCGAAAGAAUUAACUUUCAUAACCAUAUCUGAUUAUUUAUUAAAUAUUCUAAAACAUGUUUCUCUUCAACAAAUCCCCUCUUAUUAUAAAGAUAACAAGUCAUCGUGUAUACUGAUUAUGGAUGUUUAUUUUUUCAUCUCUGUCACAUAACCAUCACCACAUGUCUUCAAAAUGUAGUGGAACCUUUUCUUACAAUAUUGAUUUGUCCUAUCACAGGCUACGGCCAUGGCAUUUGAUGUUUCCACCCCCAAAGAAUACAAUGGUCUGACUUGAGCAAACUGCUUUAAAUAAUAUUUUGCUUAAUAUAAGACAGUGUCCAAUGCUUUGUCAUAUGUUGAUUUUCUGAAUUUCGUACUCUUUUUGUGCCUGUACUGGUCUCACUGCACGGUCGCCCAUAGCAACAAGCAUUACUAGAUAUAGCAUUGCAGACUUCUUUGCACUGAAUAGAUGACAAGGUCAACCAUCAAUCAAUUUGCUGUUGUGAUUGCUGCCAUUUAUUUCUCCUGUAUCUCAGCGUCUUGUGGGUCAAAUUCUGAAACUGUUGACUAACACUUUUGGCUCUAUUCAUCGGCACUGAGAAAUCUAUGUAAUAGAACUCAGUACUUUGAAGCCACUGUAAUAAGAGAAUUCCGAGCUUCACACUAUAUUCAAUGCUUGUGUUACCAUGUGAGAUUUCAUGAAUUAAACAGUGCGUACAGCUUGUAGUGUCGUGAAGAUCAGACCGCACACCGUCAUAGAAACACACAAUUGACCCAUUAAAAUUGUAUACUGAAGAUUGCUGUAAUUACGAACAUUUUAAAAGUUGCAUAUACCAUGUACCAUUAUAAUAGGUGACCAACUAAUAUCAUUUAACAUAUUCACAUAGGUACUCGUAACCCCCAUGCCUUAGUAGAUUUGUACCAACUUAAGUGGCAGAUGGAUAAAUAGUUUGUAUCUUAGCCAGCUGUUAGACGCACA